AGAAAUAGCCAUCAAAUCAUCGAUUUCAACCAAUAAAAUUACUGCACAAGGAAAAACAAAAUCUGUUUCCCAGUCGACCGGAAGAAGGCAAGUAUGAGCUCGGCGUCGGGUUCGUCGUCGCCGCCGCGAGCUCGGAAGCAGAAGGAGGAGGACCGCCCCAGAUUCUUCGACACUAAGGCCAAGAGCAUGUGCUGGGCCAAGGCCGACACGGUGCCCGGCCGCCACCCGGAGCGGUGGCGCAAGGACGCCGCCGGCAACGUCGUCUGCAAACGCUUCUGCAACUGCCAAGGCUGCCUCUGCUUUGAGUAUGACCACGUCCUUCCCUUUUCCAAAGGUGGUGAGUCUGUAGCAGAGAAUUGCCAGAUUCUCCAGACAAGGGUGAACAGAUUCAAAUCGGAUAAGGAGAGGAUCGAUGGUUCGACGUUGAAAGGCUACUCUUGUGACGUUAAGUUCACUGACAAGGAGCUCGACGUCAUUGAAAUGGCCGUCUAUGGAGAUGUUUUAAGGCCAGGAAACCAGUGUCGCUGCAGAACCGUUGCUGAAAUGCUCGGGCAAUACAAAUCCAAAGACCGGAUGUCUCCCUGCAAGUUGCCCUACGACGAGAGCUCCUCAGAGAAGUGAAGUGUUUGAAAACAAAGAUUUCCAUUCAAAGAAUGUCAGCUGCUACUUCUGUAUGCAAUCUUCAUUGGAAAAACGGUAAAGACAGCGUGGCAUUUAUCGAUGAAUCAAAACUGUAGAUACAUUCUGUCCUGUGAUGGAACGGUAGAUUAUCAAGCAUAUUUUUCGUUUCAUCAUCAAUAUACACGUGACAUGUGUUUUUCGAGAUUGAAACUAGUCUAUACCAUCAGACAUGCUUGUCUUUAAUCGCAAGUUAAUUUGUUGGAUACAGAUUGAUGAAGAAAAUGCUAUUUUUUUCCUGUUCA